AUGGAAAGCCACACACGCUCCAUUUCCCGAGCUAUCUCGACGGCUCGCGCAAGUGCAACGCCAGGGGGCCUUCCCACUCCUUCCCCUCCUCUGGCUUCAGAUUCAUCUGUCAGCCAAAGCUCAGUCAAAUGUCAACGACCGGUCUUCACGGCUGAAUCCGCCUCCGGCGAUCAGCAGUCACCAGAUAUCGAUGCUCAACUGUCUGCCCUGCAAAUCUCGGCUCGCUCAGAGUCCUCUUCUCAAGCCGCUGCCGCCGAGGGACGUAAUAGUACUUCAAUCCAUGCAAGCACCAGCCCCUAUAUCCUGCGGGCACUAGGCCAGGAAGAAGAGCUGGAUCGAAACGGACUUGUCAUCUUGGAUUCCAACGAGGCUGAUGGGUCACUGCAUCACUAUGACCCAGAGGAAGACGAAGUCGAGUCCGAAGAUGACGAAGUGACUUCCGAAGAUGACUUAGAGCUAGAUCGGGAAGAGACCAUGGAGUCUGACGAGGUAGCUGACACCGUACAGGAUGAAGACGAGAGCACCGAGGAAGUCGACGACGAAGAAGCCGAAGAGCUCGACGAUGAGCCUGGCUCUCUCGAUGACAACGAUGAGGAGCUGACUUCGCCAUUGCCCAUCGAUCUCAGUAGUCUUGGCUGCAGCGACGCGUGCCGAUCGGGGCUCCAGCAGGGCAUCGAGGUCUACGAUGAACAGAUCAGAAAACUCGUGAGCAAGGUCCAUGAGCUCAGUCUUGACAAACAAAAGUUGAGAUCGGAUAUCGAUAAGUUGGAGAAGAAACGAAGCAGCCAGAAGAAGCACAAGCCGACGUGGCAUAGGGAACUCGACUUAUAUUUGACUAACCCCGGUCACAGACAAGCACUGAGUUACAACCAGAUCUAUACGCUGUGCUGUAAGGAAGAGAAUAUGAGCACCAAGACCGGCAAUGUCCAUCCCAACUUGCGACUCAGGGGCCCAACAAACCAAGAACUCCAGGCCUAUGCGCUCGAAGGCCUCGAUGAUAACUCGAUUAGUCAGGAUGAUGAAUCUGAAGACAGCCGCGACGGUCCUGAGGGACUCUUCGUCCGGGACGAUGAGCAUCCCGAGGAAGUCCCGGGCUCAGAGGGUCAACAAACACAGGCGGAUUCCUAUCUCAAGGACUUUCCUUUUGAUCGACUGCCUGCCAAAGUACAGGCCAACAUCCUCAAAUUCGUCUUUGUUGAAGAAAACAAGCUAAUUCACUGCAUCACGCGUCUCGAUUCCUUCAUGCCUCCAGAGCAGCCCACACAGACUGACACGAAAAGAAGUGGUCUGCCCCAUCGCUUCCACCUUUCCGGAACAUCUUGCAACAUCACCUACAGCAUGAAGCCGAAUGCCCGGCUCGCCCUGCUGACUGUCUGCAAGCGUUGGUACUACCUUGGGGUCCACGCUUUCUACGGCCUCAACACUUUCGCCUUCUCGAGCCUUGGAGAGUUUGGACGGUUCUGCACUGGUAUCGGAGAAGCCAGGAGAGAGAGAAUUCAGCAUGUCGAGUUGCUCUGGCUGGGCAAUCAAUACCUCACUCACAGGCCUGUCAAGGAAGGCAAAAAGGGCGGACUCAAAUAUGUCUCCAAAAGAACAUGGGAUGUUUCUUGGCUAUGCCAGCUGCCUCGUCUGAGAACUCUCAUUAUCCAUGUCGACGAGAGUGGCCCGCAAUACAUGGCUCGCCGUCACGAGCCCAAAGCCUACGUCAACUGGAUGGCGUCUGUCACGGCUGGUCAGCCCAACUUCCGCGCGAUGAGAUCACUUCGAACCCUCCAGGGACUGCAUUUCCUCCACGCUCUUCGUGGGAUGGAGCUUAUUCAGUUUUACGACUACAACAUCUCCCGCGAGCACGGUGGCCGUCAUCCCAUUCGCGACUGGUCCUUCUUCAUGGACAUCGAGAACGUCACUGCUAUGCCGAAAACUGACGACAAGGCAGAAGCCGCUAAGUUGACCAAUCUGAUGCCAGUUCUUCCAGGAUACGAGGCUUCUCUAGAGGAGGUUGAUGCAAUCAAGGGCCUCUAUCACAACAGUAAAGCCUUUGACGCCGUGUAUGUGUCGCCGCCAGCUGUUGAAAGAGACGAAGACGGCGAUAUCGAGAUGGCUAAUGCCGAAAGCCCAGUACCGAUCCAGCAGCGUGCUGCAGUGGCAUCUCAAGGGGGAUCACGUCCUAGCCAAGGACCGGGUGAACCACGUGCCAGGGAUGGAUCGAGACAGUCGAACCCCAACAGACAGGCAAGAGGGCCACGUCCUGGCAAGGGAAAGAAGGUCGCUCGAGCUAGGAAUACAACGCCCGAUGAGGAUACAGACGGAACCGAGUCUGAGGCUUCUAGCCAAGCAACCCCGAAGGCACCCAUCCGUCACGCCCGGUCAGUCACUGAACUCAGCAAUUCAACCGUUACGGAAGAUAGCGUUGCAAAUGACUACGACGAUGAAAUCUCGCUGGCAGGAUCAAACGCUACCAACCCCAUCGACUUGGACAGCAUGGAGCCACCAAAAUUGCCUCUACGCCUGUGGCGCCUUCAAGAGGAGGAUCGACUAGAGCGCGUCAAGCGCGAGCAAUCCGACGCAAUGUCAAUUGGCCGCAUAUCAUCAGCCGGAAGCGAGAGGUCCCACGGCAGUGGAAACGGGCUCUUCGUCGGCGGCUCGUCGCCGUCAAUGUCUCAUUAUCGAUCACGCCGCGAAUCGACCGUCCUGACGGAUAACUUGCGCAAGAGAGGAUGGGGCGAGACAGAUAUCCGAAGCGCCAUCGAUCUAACGACAGAGGAAGACGAUGCCCACACCAUUAGCACUGGGUUCCCAAGCUCUUUUAUGCCCAACUCCUCGCACCGUACCGGCAAUGGAGGGGUUUGGGGCUUCAUUCCCCCUAUCAUAGAUCCGAGUACUUCUCACCUUACUCCUAGACUUGAGCGUCUCGCAAGCGUGGACGACUGUCCUUUUGGAAAAAGGCGAAGACAUUAA